AUGGCGAACGAGGCCAUAACUUUGGCCAUCUUCAAGCCGGACGUUCAGCGGAUUAUGGCCUUCCGCAAAGUAGGUUUGUUUCCUGACCUCUUGUCUCUACAAAGAACUCUGUCCCGUUUUCUGUGACAACAUUAAUUUGUCAUGUUUUCUUUUUCUCUCCUACUGGUUGUCGCAGCUGGCUGAACUCGCCAUUCACAAGAGCGGCCUGAAGAUACUGCUGCAACGUGAGUUUCGAAUGUCCAGACGGGCUGCGGAAUCCUUCUAUGCAGCGCACAAAGGUGAGCCACUUUCAAGCCGCUGGAUCGGCCCCCGAUCCGCCUACUUCACCUCCCUCCCCUGCCCCACUUUAUUGUCGUUUUGUGCUUCGCCCUUUGCUCAUGAAGCUUGCGCCGGCAGUGACCGAUAAAGUGCGUGUCUGCGCUCAUUGUGGAGUUGAGUCUAUUUCAGUAGUGGAUCCUUUGCAUUCUGUUUAGGAGUUUGAGUCCAAAAAGGGAUUAAUUAUCAUUUGAAAAGUCUUCACGCGGCCCGCAUGACAUGUUGUAGUCAUUGGGACUGGGAAAGGGCGGGUGAGGUUGGGUGUGAGCGAUGUUUACAGAUCGAGUACGCAGAGUGCGCCAUCAGGGAGCUGGGGUGACGUACGAUUACCACCUGCAUUCGGCGUUGGCCACUGAAGACAAAUCGCCCGUACCAACGUCUUCUGACAACACAGCACUGGAUUCGCUGGCCGUAAAGCCACUGCCUCGGCUGUUGUUAGCACUCAGUGGCGUAGGCCUCUAGAGAAGUUUGCUGGUGUCCGGUGGACAACCUGAAAGGCUUCUUUGGUGUCGAUUUAGUGAUUCCUAUCGGCCAAAUGUGCUAGAAUAGAACCCGGAACCGACCUUUCACCUCUACCUAGCCAGGUAGGUAUAUGUUCAAGUAGCUUCUUUCCCAGUCGCCUCGUUGUGCGGCCAACUUAUCCCGCUCCACAGGAGCAAAUGGAUGCACAUCGAUAUGACUUGCAACGGCAGUCGAUGUUUACUCUCCAAGCGUAGGAGGGGAGAGUUUGCGAAGAAUUCGCGUAAGUGCGUCACGGGGAAGCCCCUCCUGAUAGCUGUCUUUGGGCGUCGUUUUACUAAUCCGCUUGCAGCGUUCCCCAGAAAAGGCGGUCGUAGGGAAACUUCUUUCUUCUUCUUCUUCUUCUUCUUCUUCUUCUUCUUCUUCUUCUUCUUCUUCUUCUUCUUCUUCUUCUUCUAUUUUGCAGUCGCAUUUGUAGGCUUUUUGGUACGAUCCCCACAUUUUUCAGGGGAAGUAUCUCCCUGGACAGCCGUUUUCGUGAAGUGCGUUUCACUGCUGCUGGAGCUCAGGAGAGCAGGUGAGUCGCACUCUAGCCGCCAAUCAGUGGACCGAACUUCGUUUUAGCUUUUGGGCAACGGAGCUGUGCAAAUUAGUGUAUUGUCCCGCUCAGGUUUCCUGUUGGGAUACCUUGUGUUGGAUGUGCCCCAUCCGCCUAUCUGUGCAGAAUGAAAUCGAGGAACGCGACUUCGUUUGCCGCCUCAGACUCUGCAGCAAACGUUGGUGGGGAGUGUACACUGUUAAAUUGCUGGUAUGACCAGGGCGGCGAUAUCAAUGGUAUGACUCGUCAGGCAGAACAUGUCGUCCACGUACCGCCUGUAGAAGUCGGAGUUAUUAAUGGUUUCCCGUAAACUCGUUUUCUCAACCUUGUCUAUGAAAACAUUUGCGAGAAACGGCCAAAGCGAUGAACCCACCAUCACACCGUUGUAGACAGACUGGACAUUCUGUGUGCAUCGCGCAAAUAAUUCUUUUAGGGUCUCCACUGUCGUGCCUAUCGGGUAGUUUGUCCCCUUAUGAAGUCGCUCAGGUAGUUUAUUGUCUCUACUACGGGUACGUUGAUGAACAGUGAUGAUACAUCUAACAAGAGCAUCGUCCGUCUGUCAACGUUUACGUUGUUGAUAACCUUGACAAAAUGACUUGCGUCUUUCAAAGUUCGUGGAUACAGACAACUCUGAAGCGCUUUUAACUUUUCUACCAGCCACUUUGCUAUUGCGUGAUAGGGUGAAUUUCUCAUAUCCGAGAUUGGACUUAGUGGUAGCCCGUGUUUGGGAAUUUUGGGAAGACCGUAAAUUCUGGGCAUAGUCGUACCCACAGGUUUUAUUCCCUCAAACUCCCUGUCAGACAGAAGCCCUUCUUUGUGGAGGACUUUGAGCACUUUUGCCAACUGACUCUCGAUGGCCUCUGUCCGACCCCUGUCUUUCUCGCAUUUUGAGAACUAUGCACGGUCCGAUAAGGUUUCUUCUAGUUUCCCCUCUCGAUCCCUUUUAUCCGCCAACACUAUUCCCGAAUCCUUGUUCGGUCUGGUUAGCACGAUAUUUUCAUUUUCACGUAGCUUCCUGAGACUAUCGAGGUAGGCCCUUGUCAGGGGACAUUUGUUCCUUGGAGCCUUUCUUAAAUACUCUUCACAGGAGUUUACCAGUUUAAGAUAAUCAGCUUCUCUUUUGGGGUCUUCAUUGUCAUGUCUAUCUGGUGGUUUGUAUCCUGAAUAACGCCAAAUGAGUAGCUUAUUGUUUCUCCUAGGGGGUACUCUGGUAAAUAAUGGUGCUACAUCUACCAAUAGGAAAAUGCUAUACCUCCUAGACAUGCCGUUACAGUUGUAAAGUAUUUGAACUUCAAAAUGUCUGCGGAAAUGUCCCCUUAGGCGGUAUGCCCUACGCGUAGAGAGAGGGGAAUGUUAGCGAAGAAGGAGACUGGCAUGACUAUUUCUGGCUUGUUAGACAUCGUCAGCCAGCCAUACCCCAACCCAGACUUGCAGGGCCUGGGACUUUAACUGAGAUUGUUUGAUCAUUGAUCGAAUUUAAGUCCAACCCUCUACCAUUCAGCCAUGUUGCAAUUCGACUGCCCGCGAGGGCUCUCGAUUGAGCUCCAAGGCUCAACUGGACCAUCAUGUCACGUAACCUUAUAGGCGAACAGCCUCCAACCAUACAGUUUUCUUGACCAUGUGAGUCUGAUAACGAGUUGUCCCACUUUGGUUCAAAUUUCAUCUGAGUUCACUUUGGGUGAGGUUUAACUUUCUCCGGCUAUUCUCGGAGUCCGCGCCAACGCUUCCGUGGGCUAUGGGCUCCCCCCGGGAAAGAUAAACUUCCCGCUUUUUGAAACCCACAAGAUAUUACCGUCGUCCUUUUUGGAUUGUUUUUUCGUGAAUUAUUCUUUCCAGGCAUGCCUCCUAUACCUUUGAACUGCCGACCCUUGAUGAAAACAUUAUGCGUUCAGGGCGAGUUUCACAUCAGAUGAGGUUAUAGUGGAAGAAACGGCAUCCACAUUGAUGCUUGUUAGAGUUAUGACGUUUCAAAGACCGAUGUCGGCUCCCAACAGUCGGGGACUAGCAGAUUCAGUGUAGCGAAUACAUUACAAGGUCUUCGUAGGUAUGGCUUUGGCAAGUAUUUUAAGUUUGCUCCGUAUGAAUUCACCAGAUGAUCAAUUUGCAACUGUGGCACAGUAUUUUGAACGUAAAUCAACGUAUGCCGAUUCGAGUCAUUGAAUUUAAAGGCGGAUACUAGUGCUAAUAGGCCCUUUCUGUGAAUUCCGAUGUUAAGCGCCUCGAAAACUCCUGUACAUCUUCCUUCGCACUAAUAGCCUGACUUUGUUUUGACCUGGCCUGGUAGUCAGCUAUAGCGUCAAUCGUAUGCGUGCUCGACUGUUGUCUCAAACCACCAACACGGCAGAGAAGCAAAACACGAUCGACCACGACAAAAUGAAUCGAAACCUGCAAACUCAGGUAGCCUGCAGUUACUAGACUACACAAAUAUUCAGACACAUGUCUUCGGAGGUCUCUAGACUGUUCAUUUUUUCACCAAAAUGCUCCCCUCUUUUAAGAUUUAAUUUUCAAAGUGUUAUUACUUUCCUCAUUUGCUGUGGUAAAUCAACCCAGUUUGCGUUUUUUUGGCCAAUUAUGAUUGUGUCAGUUGUCUUUUGAUGCUGCAGACUACGAAUUUCUCCCGACUGCCUGUCUCUGACAUUUUUCCUCCUUUCGGCAUCCCCACGUUUUCAGGAAAGUUCUUUUAUGAACGUCUUGUGAACUACAUGAUUGCGUAAGUUGAUGACGCUGUGCGGGAUGCGAACCGCAACCUCUCACACUUCGUUUGCUUCCUCCAGGGGUCCCAUCGGUGUCUACGUGCUCUCUGGUGACUCCGCAAUUACUCGUUGGCGCCAGCUGAUUGGUCCAACCAAGGUCUACAGGUCAGUUCGUCUCUUUUGCCCACUAACGCUCCCUCGCGUUGAAGUAACCAAUGGGAAGACCAUGGGUUAUCGCCUGACCAGAGGGAUCCUGGGUGUACUUCACACAACCACAAGGUCUGGAUGUUUUCAGCAAAUUAAAACUGCCUUUAGCCGGAUAAGGGAAUGGACAGGAAUGAGCCGGGAGGAAGGGUGUAACUCUGGCCGAAUGUUGAAAGGAACUCGGGGUUGCCUGUGAACAUUUCGUGUGGAAUUCCCCAAAUAAAAGCGAGCUGUGAAUUGACAGCACUUGCACGCAGUAUGUUCAACUGGGUGCACGCGUUUGUGUAAAUAAAACAAGCUAUUAAGCGCAUAUCAGUAGCCUGCUUAUGAUCAAUAUUUAUCACGACGCGGGGCUAGGGGGUUCUGGGUGACCUUUAACAAGCGGAUGUCCAGACGCCUCUUCAGCUCACGAUUAGGGGGAAGGGGGUGCACGACACGUUCCAGUAAAAAAUUUCACUGGGGGCGCAGUACACGGAAGUCGCAGAAUGUUACGUGAGUUUAGUCAAGGAACGACUGCUUCUUUCGUGCGGAUUGUACUCCUGUCCAACUUUAAGACUUGUAUUUUCCACACUGGAGUUAUUGCAGGCGACGCUAAUCGUUAAAUAUUCGUAAAUUCGCGAAGAAUUUUCACUCAAUCUGACCCGACUCGAUUGAAACUGAAACUUCCAAUUAUCUUUGAUAUAUCUUCGAAAGCAUUGGACACCCAAAAGAAGUGCUAAAAGUACCAUUGCAUGUGAUUAGUAAGACUGUCUUUCUUAAAAACGACUGAAAUUCUGAAAACUUAAGCAUUUUUGUGAAAUGAGAAAACAAUUAUGGACGUUCACAGAAAAGUAGAGGUGACAUUUGGUAGCAUGCCUAGUAAAGUGAGAUAAUUAUGGGCCACCGCAACUGUCAUAUCUGCUCUCAGUAAAGCAUUUAAAUUACAAAGUAGGUUAAGAGCGCGAUUAUAUAGUAAUCUAAAUGAUAAAACUAAUCCCGGCAAAUGCUCCUGCUCCGCCGUCAUUAAUCGUUUUUAAGGAGAUAAAACUGAGUAUCCCAGAGGCUAAACAUACUGCUAUCUAAUUUAUAUUCAAUAAAAAAGUCAGAUAGGAACAUCAGCAAUUGUGGGAAACCCUCCUCUCCUGUUCCAGGGCAGUCAUCUUCGAACCCGAAAGCCUUCGAGGAACUUUGGGUCUCACUGACACGCGCAACGGAUUUCACGGUUCAGGUGAGUGUUUCACCACCUUCAAAUGGUAACUAAUGAGCUCCACCCAGCUGUCACCCAGGCCUCCCCACCUUGAACUGGACGAACGGCGGAUCAUUUCAGUCCCCCAUGUCCUUGUGCGUAAAACACCUCAGCCUGGAAAAUUUGAGGACGAACGUGAGCAGAGACACACCUGUCCCCCAGAGCGCGGCCCUUCGUAGUUUUAAUUUCACAAGUACUGGCACAUCCCCAAUGGUUGCACCACACUUCUCGCAGCCAACCAGUCCGCUCGCCCAGCGGGAAGCAGUUUGAUAUAUAAAUGCCGCGUUAUCAUCCUAUAAAUUUCCUUACCGAACUACAGUAGAGGGUAAUGUCAUAUUCUCAUUGCAAAUAAGUGCGCUGUCUUCGCACCUGAACGACCGCCUGAUUCUUAAUGGAUUUUCUCUCGAAUAACUGGUUAUCUGCUUUAUUUCGUGUAUGCAGUCAGUGGCCAGUCUCAUGAAAUGUUAACUGAGUUUCAAAAAUGCGUUUUCGAUCGGAAAAAAUUACGUAGGGGAGGUUGUAGUAUCAAUUAUCGUGCAGCACAUUCCCAAGAUAUUUCCUUCACGCCAGGGCACCCACCUUUAUAUGUACUUGUUUUUGGUCGACUGUGAUCAACGCACCCAGUAAAACGACUAAUUAAGCAGUGUGACUUCGGACCUCCUUGUAAAUCGAAGCCUGUUUUCUAGAAAACACACGCAAAAAUGCUUUGCAUUGCAUGUGUUUGUUAUUAGAUUACGCCCUCUUCACGUGCUUACUCGAAAGAAGAAUGGCUUUCGGUCGUUUAGAAACAGCUUGUAAUUCUGAUAUUUUUAAGAGGCAGAUACCUUUUGAAACAUCAUCGUAUCUGUCCAUUUCCUAAUGCCCUUACGAGCUAUACAACACAGUCCCCCACCACUGGAAAAAGUUCAUGUGCCCUGUAUAGUAUUUUCUUAGUGGUAUCGAGAAAUUUAUGAUUUUUAUUACGCGAAAAGCACUUUUCUUAUUGACUGAAGACCCCAAAUGCAAAUACAACAGCAGUUGGGGUUUAACGAUAUCUUGGAAUGUAAACCAUCUAAAAACGUGCGAAUAAAAGCUAUCGAAUACGCUAAUUGAGUACAAGAAAAGACAUCUUUGAACAUUUCAAUGGGUAAAAUUUAUACUUUGUAAGUAGCCAUUCUUUUACCGAGCGCAGCUUUCACUGACGACAGACAACGGGUUUAUCAAAAGCAAGCGUUCCGGUUUUACUAAAAUAUCUCGGAUUUAUGGUGCACGGUAGUUAAUAUAAAAACCCCCCACUUAGAUAAUCCAUCCUAAUCAAAAACGCAUUUCGGAAUUUCGGCGAACAUUUCGUGCGAUUGGUCACUGGCCGUACUUGUUCCUCGAAGGAGUCUUUCAUGUCGGCUGGCAGAAAACAGUCUAGUUCGCGGUUUUGUAGGCUGGCGUAUCGUCAACGACUGCCUUUGGCCAAUUUCCUGUCCCUUCCACGCACAAACACUUCCGUACAUUCACGCGGAGGGGUUGGGCUGAUUGACUAAUUCUUCGUGUAAACUGUUUUUCGUUGAUUCUUUCAUGUCACUGAACGUGGGCUCGAGAACCAGUCCGACGGCCAACGUGAGUUGCCAGGUUUUUCACCAGAAAACAUCCCUGUGCAGCUAACUUAUGCUCAUCUGUCUGUCGUCGGAGACGCAGACUCGCUGUGUAUUUCAGAUUUGUUUGUCUUCGAGACUUAACUCACAGUCCUCUUUGCCAUUCACCUCUUUCUAGACAGCAGGGAGUCUGCAUUGGAGGAAAUAUCGUUCUUCUUCCCGGACUUGGAUCUCGAAAAGUUGCUCAAAUAG